GGAGGAGGAGGAAGAGGAGAAGGAGGAGGAAAAGGAGGAGGAGGAGGAGGAGGAGGCGGCCGCCCCGAGGCGCCCCCCCGGCUGCGCUGCGCGGUCUCCGCCGCCCCCCCGCCCCGUGCGGCUGCGAGAUGGCGGCGGGCGGCGGGCAGGCCAUCGUGUGGCGCAACGUGGUGCUGAUGGGGCUGCUGCACCUGGGCGCCGUCUACGCGCUCAGCCUGGUGCCGAGGGCGCAGCUCCUCACCCUGCUCUGGGCCUAUUUCUGUUUCCUGGUGACAGCCCUGGGUGUGACGGCUGGGGCGCAUCGCUUGUGGAGCCACCGUUCCUACAAGGCCAAGCUGCCUCUGCGGAUCUUCCUGGCUGCAGCUAACUCCAUGGCUUUCCAGGUGGGAUCGUGGUUGCCUGUCCCGGUUCUUGGCCUCCUGGCAGCUUUACCUCCCGUGCAGGGAUCCCUCCAGCUUAGAGACAUCAGAAGCAAUAAUGACAUCUACGAGUGGAGCCGAGACCACCGCGUGCACCACAAGUACUCGGAGACGGACGCAGACCCGCACAACGCCCGCCGUGGCUUCUUCUUCUCCCACAUCGGCUGGCUGUUCGUGCGCAAGCACCGGGACGUCAUUGAGAAGGGGAGAAAACUGGAUUUCACUGACCUGCUGGAUGACCCCGUCGUCAGGUUCCAGAGAAAGUAUUACAAGAGCUCGGUCGUGCUGAUGUGCUUUGUGAUCCCCACCUUUGUGCCGUGGUACCUCUGGGGCGAGAGCCUGUGGAAUGCCUACUUCCUUGCCUCCAUCCUCCGGUACACCAUCUCCCUCAACGUCACCUGGCUGGUCAACAGCGCCGCGCACAUGUACGGCAACCGUCCCUACGACAAGUACAUCAACCCCAGGCAGAACACCUUUGUCACUCUGGGAGCCAUUGGUGAGGGUUUCCACAACUACCACCACACCUUCCCCUUCGACUACUCCGCCAGCGAGCUGGGCCUGAAGUUCAACCCCACCACCUGGUUCAUUGACUUCAUGUUCUGGUUGGGGUUGGUCACCGACCGAAAGCAGGCUCCGAAGGAGAUGAUCCAGGCGCGCAAGGAAAGGACUGGAGAUGGCAGCGCUUGACGAGUGGCGCUUCUCCCUGCAGCAGUGCUGGAGUGCGCGUGUGGGCACCCCCUGCUUGCUGGAGGUUCUUCUCUGGUUAAAUAUUAGUUCCUUCAGUUGAGCCGAAUUUGUUCCACGGGUUCGGCUGCAGCUUUUUUGUCUUUAUUAGUUGUUUUAUGUCCAAACUUCAGACUAUUAAGUGUAAAAAUGUUCUAUAUUAUUUAAUAUUAGAGUUAAAACAGGAGAGAGAUUUGAUUUUAGUCACUGUAGUUCAUGUCUGAAAUACAUUGUAAUUUGCUCGUUCAUGGUAAAUGUGGCAGGUUGGAGGGACUAACUAUCCUUUUAAAGUGCAGUGAGGGGAGAAUUUGUUUCUACUCUUAAUCAAAUAUUCUUUUGAGACACGAUGCUUGGAGAGGCUGGGGCAGGGCCCAGUGUGCUGUGUCAGCUACAAACUGACGGCACCAUGGAAAACAGGAUGUCCGAGGCGAGCAAUCGGCCGAAGAUCAGUUUGAUGUUAGUUUGAAAAUCUGCUUUCUUCUUUUUGUUAGCCCUGUUAGCCAGACCAACACGCUGCUGUCUUUGCUAAGUACGAAAACCAUUUAUUGCUGAGCAGGCUUUUGUGUUGAAGAUUAGUCUCUAUACAGGCCAAAAUACAACCUGAUGCUAUGUUGAGAUGAUUCCUUUGUUGUUGCAUAUACAUUGUAAUUUGUAACGGUACAGAGCUCAACAAUGUCUUAAGCCAAAUAAAGCUUUGGUUUCGAUGUUCGGAGACCUGAGUUAUAUUCUAAUCAGUCAUGGCCAUUGAUGCAUGCAUAUUUUAGCUCCUUUUGCACAAGAGGCCUCUUAAUUUCUUUUGCUGCCUUUGACUAGCAGGUCUUUGAAAACCGACCUUGAUAGAAGUCAGUUUCUACUCAUGUUUCAGCUGCAUGCAACAUCCAUUGGUUUCUGAGCAAAAUAUAAAGACAGUUAUGUAGCUUCUGAAUUUAACAUUUAACAGUUGCCUUGAUUAAAAAGGAAAAAAAAUAAAAAAGGAAAAAAAAAAAAGCAUGUGGAAUGGGACAUAGAGCCCUUUGUGUUAGAUGUUAGCCAGUGCAGGAGAGAGGCUUUGUACUGUCAGCACUGGAGCACUUUUGAAGAUAGAGGGCAUGAUUUUCAUUUAUAAAGCAGGUCACCGCCUUGUCCCUCGCAGAGGGGCGCUCACUUCUGGGCCACUCGGCCCCACGCCCCGGGCAAGGCAGUGAUCUCGAGCUAAGUGAGACUCGGGCCCAGAUAUUUUCAGGAAAGAUGUAGAAUUAAAAAACAAAGCCACGCAAUUUGAAAUCAAUUCUUUUUUUCUCGUUUCUUGUUUUCCAGAUGAUGCCAUAUAAUAUUAAAGAGUUGUCUUUAUUCUGUAUUUCAUCCAGCAGGUGUUUUAACAGUGUUACUUUGCCAUUAAUGUUGUGUAAACUCUUGAGUGAUUUACAAUAAACAGUUAUGAUUAGA